AUGGAGAGAGACAAACAGCUUCAGGAGAAAGACAGACUUCUAGAGGAGAAAACAAAGCAGCUGCAGGAACAGACAGAUCCAGAAUCAUCAGCCUCCAUCAGGAAAAGAAAGAGCAAGGAGAUACCUCUAAUAGUGAGUGGAGAAUCGUCUAGUCCACAUGCUCCAGUGUCGGUUCCUGUAGCAGAACUGAGGCUGGUGCUGCUGGGGAGGACGGGGUCUGGGAAGAGUGCAGCAGGAAACACCAUCCUGAGCAGAUUGGGGAGGAACCAGGCUGCUACAUCUAUAUCCACCCAGCAGAGUGAGAGGACACAGGGGAAGGUGGCUGGGAGGAAGGUGACUGUGGUGGACACUCCUGACUGGUUCUCUCCUGGACUCUCUCUCUCUCUAGAGAAGCUGAGACAUGAUGUGGGACUCUGUGUGCAUCUGUCUGCUCCAGGACCCCACGCGUUCCUCCUGGUCAUACCUGUAAAGCAGCCUAUAGGAGAGGAGAGAGGGUUGCUGGAGAUAAUGGAAAAGAUUUUUGGAGAGAGAUGUUGGAGAAACACCAUGAUCAUAUUCAGUGUUACUGAUGAACUUCAGAAAACGAACAUUGAGGAGUUUAUACAAUCAGGAAACCUGGAGGUCAAGAGACUAGUGGAGAAAUGUGGGGACAGGUUUCACUGUCUCAAUGUUAAGGAGAGUGGAGAUGGUUCUCAGGUCUCAGAGCUGCUGGAAAAGAUGGAGAAGAUGGUGGAAGGAAGCAGAGAGAAAUUCUACAGCAGUGAGAUCUACCUCGAGACAGAAUCUCAGAUUAGAGCGAUAGAGACUAAAAUCCUGAAGGAAAGAGAAGAGAAAAGGAUAAAAGAGGAGAUGGACGUGAAGGAAAAAAUAGAUAAGGAGGUGCAGGACUCUCUGAGAAAAAUGGAAGAAAUAAUCCAGGAGCAUGAAGGAGACAUCAGACAACUGAAUGACCGAACAACUGAACUGGAGACAAAGAUGAAAGAAGAGAGAGAUGAAGAAAAAAAGAGAGAACUUGAGAGGGAGUUAAAACGAGAGAGAAACAUUUUGGCCUCAAAAUCAAAGAUGCAGGAAGAGUUCAGCAGACAGAUGGAGGAGAAGAACAGAGAGCUGGAGACUCUUAAACAGAAACUUUCAGAGCUCACAGAGGCUCAGAGUCUACGUAAAGAGGUUUAUGGGAAUGCUGUGAGCAGCUCAGAGUCAGAAAAAGUAGCUGUAACAGGAGGGGCAUCAAAGGGAAUCUUUCAGACAUUGACCGACUAUUUUGUCACUGGAUAA